CCGUGGUCUUCUUCAGAUUACUUUUUGCUUACUAAAUUAUCUCUGUUGGAUUUUAUUCUUUAUUCUUCGGUUUUUUUUUUUUCCUGUUUAUUUUUUUUAUUUUUUAUUUUUUUGUGGGUAUUUCAAAGUUCCAACUUUUAUUGUGAGAUCUUUGGUGCUGCCUAUAAUGCAAGCAGCUCAAGCAGCAGCCACUGAUGAAGUCUCUGAGAUUUCACCCCAGAUUAACCAUUGUUCGAACAAAGAAGUUUCAGAUAAUAGACCAAGUGGGAAACGUCCUGAUAUUUCACUUCAAGUUCCACCUAGACCUGUAGGGUUCGGCAGUGGAAGGGCUUUGGACCAUUCUCAAAGUUUCUCCAAAGGGAUAUCAUCAUCAAGAGGUUUUUUGCGGGCAUUGAGCUUGAAAAGAAAAGCUAAUGUAACAGAUGGCGAAAGAAGCUGCCUCCUUAAUUCAGACUCGAAGACAUCUGCGGACAGUUCUAAUAUGGAUUCGAUAUCCGACGCUGCAUGGAAAAGAUGCACUUCUCUUCCUGUUACUCCUGCAUCAAAUCUGUCUCCUUCGGUUUCAACACCUGUUUCUGCAAGGACUUAUACUGAACAGAAGCAACAUAAAGAUGUUGGUCGUUCCAAGGUUUCAAGGUCCCUUUCUGUACCUGGGAGAAAUGUUGUUAUUGUAAGAUCCAUCUCCUUCUCUACCCGUAGUGAACAGGAUCAGCAAGAUACAAAUGAUGAUCAGAUAACUCCCGUGCCACCAGAAGGUGCUGAUGAUGAAGAAAUUCCUGAAGAGGAAGCAGUGUGCAGGAUAUGUCUUGAUGUCUGCGAUGAAAGAAAUACCUUGAAAAUGGAAUGCAGUUGCAAAGGUGACCUGAGAUUGGUGCAUGAAGAAUGUGCAAUAAAAUGGUUUAGCACAAAGGGAAAUAAGAAAUGUGAAGUAUGUGGGCACGAGGUUCAGAAUUUACCCGUAACUUUGCUUCGUGUUUCCAGCUCUAUUCAACGGCAAAAUAGACAAGUGCAGGGUCAACUAAACUCAAGUUCAGAGUCAAUAAAUGCCUGGCAAGACUUUGUGGUGCUCGUCCUGAUAAGCACAAUAUGCUACUUUUUCUUCAUUGAACAGCUACUGCUUCCUGAGUUGAAGACUCAAGCCAUCAUAAUAGCAGCACCAUUUGCCUUUACAUUGGGCCUCCUGGCAUCUAUUUUUGCAGUCAUCCUUGCAAUUAGAGAGUAUAUAUGGACAUAUGCUGCUCUUGAGUUCGCUCUUGUGGCUAUAACCGUGCAUCUGUUUUAUACCAUGUUGCAUUUGAAGGCCAUCUAUGCAAUACUACUUUCAUCAGUUUUGGGUUUUGGAAUUGCUAUGAGCCUCAACUAUUUAUAUAUCCAAUAUGUUACUUGGAGACUUCAGGUCUCUCAUAGUGAUAACCUUCCAGUUUGAAUCUCCUAAGAAGUGAAUCAGCUUCAUGGAUUUUCUAUGUACCUAAAUGACAUGAUGACCUUCAAGAUUUUAUUUUAAACUUUUGUUGUAGUAGUAUUAUUACCUGUUGGACCUUUACCAUAUGAUAUAUUUGUUGCUAAAUAAA